AGCCAGAAUGUAAUUAUUUUGUUAUUUCGCUAUCAUGACGGAUUUUCGAAUGGAAUGAAAGAAGGGAACGUCAGAAGAUAAUAAUCCCCCAUGACGAAGUGUAUAAACAAUAAUAACAUGGAUGCAUUUGUUAUUGGACGAGAGUAUGUUUACAAAUGUGUGGCAAAAAAAAAAAAAAAAGUGAUACCAUGGGUGUGUGAUACCAUAAACAAUCGAAAAAGUGAUGCAAAAUGAGGUAGAUCAACAAAAAGGCGUGAAUCGAAAAUCCACAUACAACAACAAAGUUUUGUAAAGAAUGCUUUUUAAAGCAUGUGGGACUAUAAAUUUCGAUUCCAAAAACAAAUUUCGUUUCAGAUUCGACCCUUCCCCUUUUUUUAUCUAUAUCUCUUGUUAUACAAAACCCCCCCAUUCCUUUCGUUAUAAAGUAUGGAUACCAGUUAUACUUAUCCUCAAUUGUUUGAUAUGGAUACUACGUUUGAUACGGAUCUAUUUGGUGGAUUGAACCUCAGUGAUAAUUACUUGGAUACUAACAAUAACAACAAUAACAAUAACAAUAGAAAGGGAGAUUAUAAUGUCAAUAACAAUCAUUCUUAUCUUCAAUAUUUACAAAAUAACAAUCAUAACGAGUUUUACUAUGAUGCUUGUUCUCAACAAAUGCUCUUAUCAUCAACAGUCAAUAUGGAUCUACCUGAUUAUGAUUUCAACCCACACACAGAUCAUAAAUUACAACAAUACAAUUGGCUUUAUGAUCCCAUCGAUACCUUCUUACCUCCCCAACAACAAGCCAAUAUCUUUCAUGAAAAUAAUCCUUCUUCCUCAGCCUCUUCUUCUUUGCAUAUGGUAAAUGGCUUUGAUACCCUCAUGUCUGAAAACAUGGAUGCCAUGACAACCGUCCAAGGUGGAAUGUCUCGUGACUAUGUCAGUCUUAGCGACGUAAACUCAUUUGUAGCCAAAGCAGACUCUAAACAUUCUUGCUUACAAGUGCCCAUGGAUUGCAAUGGCCGAACGGAUUUCUCUUCUUCUGAAUCUACCACGAAUGAAGAUAGCGAAGAUGAUUAUUCAGAUAGUGAAAAUGAAUUACGUUGGCCUUCCUUUCAUGCCCAUCACAAUCAUCAUCAACAGCAACAACAACAGAAUGAUAAACAAAAGCUCUUGAUAAAAAUCAAAAAACCCAUCACAACAUCCGUAUCAUCCACAUCAGCACCAGGAACAGCAACAGCGUAUAAUAAUCAUGAAUGGUUACUCAAUAAUAAAAAAGUGUAUCGAAACAAGUACAGAAAAUCCAUGUCAAAUAUAUUUCAAGACAAAAAGAAUGCAACGAAUAAAAGACGUGGUAGUGCACCGAACGCUCAUCAUCAUCCACAUUAUUUACAACCUUCACAUGUCCAUCAUCGAUUAACAGGGAGUUUACAUUCUUCCUCCUCAUUGACGUCGUUAUCCAACACUUUGCAAAGAUCAAUGCGUGUGUCGGAUAGCAUGAAUUUCUUGUCUCGUGGAGGAUCCUCCGAUGAGGACGAGGACGAGGAAGGCGUAGUGGAGGAAGAAGACGACGACGACGAGGAAGAAGAAGAGGAAGAAGAGGAUGAUGAUGAAUAUCAAAUCAGACACACACAUGCUCCUCCUUAUCAGCUUCCCACAAAGAAGGGUCGCAAUGUAGAUAAAGCCUGUAAUCAUUGUAAACGUUCUCAUUUACGUUGUGAUGAUAUGAGACCAUGUCGUCGUUGCGUAGCUACCGGUAAAACUGGAUGUAAAGAUGUUCAACAUAAACCAAGAGGAAGACCCAAGCUUCACAAGAAAUAAUAAAAAAAGUAGUAGUUAGCAAGUACAUUAUAAUUUUUAAGCAAACCACC